AAUGGAUUUGUGUUCAUGAUUAUUGAAUCUGAGUUUUACGGACAUGACAUCGAUCCAUGCGACUACUCCAUGCUGCCGAAACGUUUCUUCACAUUUCCUGCAGGGUUCGCUGUAAAAAAAGGAUCACCUCUUGCGACUCUGUUCAAUAGAGCCUUGUUAACAACCAUCAACACUGGGGUUCUACGGCGCAUCAAACGGCGGUGGGAGAAACGGAAGCCUGACUGCCUUGACUCUGGAGUGUCUGCGAUGACAGUCAAGCAGAUGACGUCCGCCUUCCUCUUGCUGGCGCUGGGCUUGGGCUUGGCUGCCUUCAUCGCGGGCUGUGAAAAACUCUGGAAGAAGAAACGCGAACGUCGACGCACACUAUUUUAA